UCAGAGUUUGAAUAUGUAGGCUUGAUGUUGAUAAUAUGAUAACGUCUGAUUCAAAUAAUAAAACAAACAUAAUAUAUUAACUAAAACAAAAAUAUUCAAGUUCAUUAUAAAAUUGUGACGUUUCGUUUAUUCCAGUUAUACUCGUAUAAAAAACAUUACAAUUAUUAUAUAUUUCCAUCAAAGUUUUUUUUAAAAAAUUUCCAUAUUGCUUCGUCAACAUAUUCACAGAGAAGUUUUAUUAACAGCAAGGUCAUCUAUGUUUAAUAUUUUCAUCGCAAUACACUUUGCUUUUGAUAUAUACUCGUAUGAACUAUACAAUAAAAAAGUGAAUAAGAUAUGAAUUAAUUGGAAUAUGAAAAUAGCCUUAACUGGUGGCAUGUUGACUGUUUAUGUUAUUAAGUUCCGAACUUCAGUUGUAAAGUUGUGAUGCGCAGCGCCGAUCAAUAACAAACAAUAAUUGUAUAAUUAUUCAAAAGUCCAACAAGAAGUGCCCUGUUAAAAUGAGUCCUUUAAUUAAUGUUAACGAUAGCUCCAAUCCAAAUAUUGUCGGGUCACAUAAACCAAUAAUAGGCAUUUUGGCACAAGAAGCUCAUUCGGUACGCCAUCUUUACCCGAAUGAAAUUGUCCAUUCAUACAUAGCUGCUUCCUAUGUGAAAUUUGUGGAAAGUGCUGGUGGCAGAGUACUUCCUAUCAGAAUUGGUCAGAACCGAGAAUAUUACAAGAAUAUAGUUGAUAAAACUAAUGGAUUAAUGCUUCCUGGUGGUGCGGCACUAUUUGGCACAAACUCCGGUUUUUCUGAAGCUGGUCAAUAUUUGUACGAUAUUGCUCUGGAAUGCAACCAAAACAAUGAUUUUUACCCGAUUUGGGCGAUUUGUUUAGGCAUGGAACUAAUGAUACAAACUUCACUCAGUGGAAAAGAAAUUCGUUCACAGUGUAAUAGCAGAAAAAAGUCUCUGCCGUUAAUUCUUAAGCCUGAUAUCAAUACAAGUCGUUUAUUUUGCAAUGUACCUGAUACUAUUUUACAAAUUCUUCGCUCAGAGAAUGUAACGGCAAAUAGUCAUCGAUACUGUUUUACAGAGAAAACCUUCCAGAAAUAUAACUUACUGCAAGAGUGGCGAGUUUUAUCCACAAAUUAUGAUGAUAAUGGGUUAGAAUUUAUCAGUUCGUACGAGCAUACAACACUACCAUUUUACGGAGUGCAAUUUCAUCCAGAAAAGAAUGCAUUUGAGUUUGAACCGCAUUAUGAACAUGGUGGGAAUGCAGUAAUAGCAGCUCAGUAUUUUGGAAACUUUUUUAUAGAUGAAUGUAGAAAGAACAAGCAUGAAAUUGAUGAACAAUUGAGAGAUGAACUAAUUUAUAAGUAUGUUCCACGUUAUAGCGGAAGUAUAGGAAGUAUUUAUGAACAAAUUUAUUUAUUUGAUGAAUAAGAUUAAAAUCUAAAUUUCUAUCUAAAUGAUUUGCUAUGUUUGAAUGCUAUAUUCAAUUUUUCAAUGCACUGAGUUGAAAGUAAUGCAAAUCAUUUUACUAGAAGGAAUUUUUAAGUGCUAUUUAAUAUAUAAUUAUUCCCUGGAAACGAAUCUAACAAUCAAUUUUCGAUAUUUAUAAUAAUUAGUGUAAUAAACUAUAUAUGUAAUUUCCUCUAUAGUUUCUUAUCAAAUUAAUAAACUAUUAUUGUAAUUUUUAA